UCUUGUAAUUUUUCAAAAACAUUCAUGGGACUCUCCAACCAAUGGAACAGAUGUGCCUCUCUUCGUUGUCUCUUUCUAGUACACUCGAGUUGGAAAAAUGAUUCAAAGUUUACUAUUCAUCAUAGUUGGAAUCGACACUUGGCCUGCCAUCAUAUAGGUCGUGCCCAAAAGUGGUCUUAUAAAAAUAGAAUUCCAGUAAUAACCUUUUCUUGCUUAGCAACUGACGUUUCCUCGAAAAGUGAUAACAAGAUUACACCAAGAAGCGAAGACUAUUCUGCCUGGUAUUUGCACGUCAUUCAAGCUGCUCAACUUGCAGACCAAAGUGCUGUGAAGGGUUGUCUUGUGAUACGACCUUAUGGUUAUGCUGUUUGGGAACUGUUAAGGGACCACUUGGACAAGUUGAUCAAAGAAACAGGUGCACAGAAUGCCUAUUUUCCAUUAUUUAUUCCUCAAAGUUUUUUAUCCAAAGAAGCUGAACAUGUGGAAGGAUUUGCCAAGGAAUGUGCAGUAGUGACUCACCAUAGGUUGCGAUUGAAUACCAAUUCCACUUUGGAACCAGAUCCUGAAGCUAUGUUAGAAGAACCUUUGAUAGUAAGACCUACUUCCGAGACAUUGAUUUGGAAUAUGUUUCAAAAGUGGAUAAGUUCUUAUCGUGAUUUGCCACUUUGUAUCAAUCAGUGGGCAAACGUAGUACGUUGGGAGUUGAGAACCAGACCUUUUUUACGAACGACUGAAUUUCUGUGGCAAGAAGGACACACUGCACAUACUAAUGCUAAAGAGGCAAUGGAUAAGGCAAAAGAAAUGUUAAAUGUGUAUACUCAACUAUGUGAAGAGUUGUUAGCUAUUCCUGUGAUAAAAGGAUGCAAGUCACCAAGUGAGCGUUUUGCUGGUGCAGAAGAGACUUUCACAAUAGAAGCCAUGAUGCAGAAUGGUUGGGCUUUACAAAGUGGUACGAGUCACUUUUUAGGACAAAAUUUUGCCAAAGCCUUUCAAGUUUAUUAUACGGAUACAUCUAGUCAGGAACAACUGGUUUGGGCUACUUCCUGGGGUGCUUCUACUCGUCUAUUGGGAGCUCUUAUUAUGACCCAUUCAGAUGAUAUAGGUUUAGUAUUACCUCCCAAGGUUGCUCCCAUUCAAGUGAUUAUUAUUCCUAUAUGGAAGUCACAAGUGGAUAAGGAAGAUACUUUACGUGUUUCUCAAAAAUUAUUGGAACAAUUAAAAGGAGCUCAAAUUCGAGCAAAGUUAGAUGAUCGAGAUUAUAUUCGUCCUGGAAGUAAAUACUUUGAAUGGGAAAGGAAAGGCAUUCCCCUUCGAAUAGAAAUAGGACCAAGAGAUGUUGUUGAUGGAGUAGUUACCAUUGCAAGUCGUAUAGGAAACCAAAAGAAAUAUGCGUUACCAUGUAAUGAAAGUUUGACUAUGCAUAUUCAACAACAACUUGAAAAUAUGCAACGUUGUUUAUUUCAGCAGGCCAAAGAACGAAUGGAUUCUCGAACUUUCAGAAAUGUGAGUUUUGAUGAAAUGAAGAGAAGAUUGAAUGAAAAGGAUAUUCAGAAACAGGGCUUUUUCUUGGUUCCUUGGAAAUGCAAUGCUAUUCAUGAAGAAAGGAUAAAAGCAGAAACGAAGGCUACCAUUCGUUGUUAUCCUUUUGAUAUGCAACAUUUGGUAAAGAAUGAAAAAUGUUUCUAUAGUGGUGAACCUGCAACUCAUAUGGCCCUAUUUGCUAGAGCUUAUUAAAGAAAUACCUAAAAUAGUUGAUAUAUCAUUCCAUACUUGAUUGAGUCUUAAGAUAUUUUGUA